GCUCUGGAAAACCUAAACCAGUUGGAUUAAGCAGCGCACCACUUGUAACCUAACUAAGAUGCAGAUUUUUAAGAAGAAAAAGAUAGCUGCCAAGCGAGAAACACUUAUCCUACACCAGUUUGCUCCGACAGAGUUGUCAGUUAGUGGUUCUCCGCCUUGUCUGAAGUUGGAAACUUUCCUUCGUAUGACAAAAAUCCCGUACCGGAACGACCAUCGCUUAAAGUUUUCCAAGAAGGGAAAAAUGCCGUGGAUCGAAUUUAAUGAGCAAGAAAUCGCUGAUUCAAAUUUCUGUAUCCAUUUUCUGAAAAGGGAAUUCAAAGUGGACAUUGAUUCUCAUUUGAACGAGACAGAAAAAGCCAUCGCUCACAGUGUUCGAACCAUGCUGGAAGAAAACACAUAUUGGGCUCUUGUUUACUGCCGUUGGCUGUCUGCAUUUGGAAAAGAAUAUCGAAGGAAGCUGUUCACGAAAAAGUUUGGCCAUCUCGUCUUCCCCCUUAAACACCUAAUAGCUCACCAAAUAACGAAGAAAAUCAAACAGGAUUUAUGGGGACAUGGCAUGGGUCGACACUCGGAACAAGAACUGUAUGGAAUCGCGCAAAGAGAUUUGCUAGCAGUCUCGGAAAUUUUAGGCCAGAAGAAAUUUCUGUUUGGAGAUAAACCUUGCCUUGCCGAUGCAGCACUGUUUGCCUUCAUUGCUGCAUCCGCCUGGGAUCUUCCAAAAAGUCCGUUUGACGAACUUAUCGAGACAAAAGCACAGAACCUUCAUACGCAUGCUCAGAGGAUGAAAGAGCUUUAUUACCCAGACUGGGAUGAAAUCAUCUCUAGAAAUACAAAUCUCGUUUAAAACCCCUACGCUACGUCAUCAUAAGCAAGUAAAGCCUCUAUAAUUACAAAAUGGCCUCAAAGAACAGUUAAUCUUUAAGAGAAAGACUCAAAGAACAUAAGAAAUGGUAGCGAGCAGAAAACAAACAAUAUAAUAAAAAAUGAACAAACAUAUAGAUGAUAAAUGAGAGACAAUAAGUGAAUAAGAGAAGGGGUUAAGUUAUAUGUGUUUGUAAUCCAUGAAAGAGAUUAAUUUUUUCCUGAUAAAAAAACCGGAAGUUUGUCAUGCAUUUUGAUUCAAGUUCAACCGGUUCACCUUGGGCAACAACGAAAACUCCUCAUGUUGUUAUCGACUGAAGCGGAAUGAAUUUUGCGACAAUUAAUUUGGCGCAUAGUUUCUCUGUAGAACCAUGCCCUCGUCAAUAUGCAGUAGAUAGAAGCAAAACAAUCACUACACGCCCCUCUUGAAUGGCCGGGUUGCCCUAUACUUUAUGCACAACAGCUAAACUGAAUAAAUUGUCAAACUGGUUCAGCAGUCAAUUUGGUAAUCUACAUCAUGCUUACAAAAUGCCUGUCAAAAUCGAGACAUUAGACAUGUUGGGACUUAAAAAAGUUU